AUGAGGAACUAUGGCUCAAAUCUUCCCAAGGAACCUGCUAUUCUCUCUGAUCAGGAGGACUGUCAGAAAGAAAGUGGUGAUGAGAAUCCUGAGCGUGGAAACUGGACCAACAAGACUGAGUACAUGCUGUCUAUGAUAGGCUUUGCUAUUGGGCUGGGAAACAUCUGGAGAUUUCCAUAUUUAGCCUUUAAAAAUGGAGGAGGUGCCUUUCUCAUUCCCUUUUUCCUGAUGUUGGUGUUGUGCGGUAUUCCCAUUUUUUUUCUGGAAAGCUCCAUUGGUCAGUUUUGCAGCCAAGGCCCAAUCAAUGUGUGGAGGGCAGUGCCAAUCCUACAAGGUGUCGGCUUUUCCAUGGUUAUGCUGAACAUAAUAAUCGCAAUUUAUUAUAACGUCAUUGUGGCCUACAGCAUCUACUACCUGUUCGCCUCCUUCCAGUUUCCUCUGCCCUGGUCCAAAUGCUACAGCUGGUCUGACGGGAACUGUAGCACUACACCCUUAGUGUACUGUAAUGAAAGUGGUGUUUUGGUGGCCAACUGGACUCAGGAAAACAGCACAUGUCCUGUGUCCAGUAUAAUCAAAGUUCCAGUGCAGAGUCCGAGUGAGCAGUACUGGGACCGUGUGGCUCUGCAGAGAUCCAGUGGUCUAGAUGAAACUGGACCAAUAGUUUGGCACUUGGCCCUCUGUCUGCUGCUCAGUUCCUGCAUUCUUGCUGCAUCACUCAUUAAAGGCAUCAAGUCCUCAGGCAAAGUUGUGUAUUUUACAGCAACAUUUCCUUAUUUAAUCAUUCUGAUCCUGCUGAUCCGAGGUGUGACACUAGAGGGAGCUGGAGAGGGAAUAGAGUUCUUCAUUGGUUCCAAAUCCAAUUUGACCAAACUGACAGAGGGACAGGUCUGGAAGGAUGCAGCUACUCAGACUUUGUUCUCCCUCAACGUUGCUACAAGCGGAGUUUUGACUCUUGUGUCUUACAGCACAUUUCACAACAACAUGUUCACGGAUUCCAUUAUUGUAUCUUUCGCCAAUCACGUUACCAGUGUGUUUGCAGGCUUUGCCAUUUUCUCUGUUUUGGGUCAUAUGGCUCAUGUCUAUGGAAAACCUAUAGAAGAAGUAGUGAAAGAAGGAUUUGGUCUUGCCUUCAUUGUGUAUCCAGAUGCUUUAGCUAAGCUUCCCAUUUCCACUCUCUGGUCCAUACUGUUCUUUUUUAUGCUUUACAUCAUUGGCCUGGACUCCCAGUUUGCACAAUUAGAGGUGAUCACCACCUGCCUGUGUGAUGCCUUCCCUGAACUUCUCAAACCUAAACGACCUUUACUGACAAUAAUGUCAGUAUGCAUCCUCUACCUGCUGGGCCUGCCAUGUGUCACACGGGCAGGAAUAUACUGGGUGACUCUGAUGGACCAGUUUAUUGCCAGCUGGGUGCUGCUUGUUUUGGCCCUUUUUGAGGUCAUUGGCAUCUUCUUCAUUUAUGGAGGUAAAAAUUUUAUCCAAGACACUGAGAUGAUGAUUGGCAAAAAAGGCUUUUGCUUCUGGGUGUGGUGGAAAGCAUGUUGGUACUUCAUCAGCCCCUGCAUCAUCCUGGUGGUCCUGUUGUGGUCUCUUAUAAGCCUCGUGCCCCCCACCUAUGGAAAGAUCCAGUACCCAGCCUGGGGCUUGGCUCUGGGUUGGUGCAUGGUGUCAUUUGUCCUCAUGUGGAUCCCCUUGGUUGCUGUAUAUAAGCUAAUGAGAGCUGAGGGAACCCUCUGGCAGCGUGUGAAGUCUUUGUGUGUUCCCUCUGAGGACUGGCGUCCCUACCUGGAAAUCCAUCGGGGAGAACGCUACUCAGACGAAAACUGUUGCAGAAGAAGAGCGGUGUUAACAAACAACAAGCAAAUGUAA